CUCGUCCAAUUCAGUCUCACAUCAGUUUAGCAGAAAAUCAACUAAAAUGUUGAGACUAGCCGUAUUUUCCCUUCUGCUAAUCGCAUCGGUUCUUUCCGAGCCGAAACCCGAUCUAACAGUUCCAGUCACCAUCACCGGUGUCUCUACCGGAAGUCUGGACACAAAUGGCAACAUCGUCGCCAACGUUGAUCGCAUCUUGGCCACAUUGAAUCAGUUCCAAUCGAUCGUCCAAAGUCUGUACUUCAUCAAAUCGCCGGAGUAUGCUGAGGCAGCCGAUAACUUCCGCUACGUGAUGGACAGUUUGGUCGAAGCCGGAAGUCCCAUUUUCCAAGGCUUAUCUAAUGUGGCACGGAUAUCGUCUGGAGACGUUGGAAGAGCCUUCAAAGGAAUCCGCGACGACAUCUCAUACGCCGUAGAUCUUCAUGAAGAGCAUAUAUCUCUGGUUGAUGCAUCACGUGGUGUUCUUGGCAAUGCUACAGCGGAUUACUUCGAAGGUUUGCUCGGCAAGCUGGUUGGCAACUUGAUGAACAUUACCGAACUGUUAAACAACAUCCAGAGUGCGGUUGUUCAGAUACAGCAGGUGAACCCCAGAAAUCAAGCUGCGGUCAAUGCCCUUCUACCAAACAGUGAUAUCAAAGCGCUGAAUGCCGUACUAAGACAAUACAUUCAGAUUGGUGACGCUGCCAUUCCGGAGAUCCGAUCGGUUGUCAGUAGAGUACAGACUGUAGAUAAUUUUAAAUCACGUAUAAGCUCCGUAUUCGAGCAGUACCGUCAAAGUCUGGAUACAUACGUCAAUCGCACAACUGACCCGUACCUGCAGUCCAAUGUGAUCAACGCUCUCGUGAAUGGCUUGGCAAACCUUCGGAACCAACUCGUCGAAAGAACUACCAAGGAUGCCGUCGCAGUGGCCAAUCUCUUAUUCGACAGCAAUACUUUACUGAGCGAAGCUGCCAAUAAAACGGUUCCUGUUCUUCAGGCUCUUGCUGUCAAUAUAACUUCUAACAUCGAUGCCCUUCAGAGGCGCGUUAGGACUUUACGGGUUGCCACGGAUCUACCUUACGAAGUUAUGAACAUGACUGAAAACACGUUGAAUGCGGCCAUUCGUGAGGCUUCUUUGGCCAUGACCCAGAGAGUCAACAGAUCGGAUAGCUGCUUUGCACAGGUCAAUUACUUAUUCGAUUCGAUCCCUCGGAAUGUCUACUCGUCUCUGUACAACUGUCUGUAUACUACGGGAUCCGAUUUGGCAUCGAUGGCAUCCACGAUGAACUUUGCCACUGGGUUCACCCGGACCGAUGUCAGUUACGAACUCUCGGCGAUAGAGGGAUGCGUCAACAUGAUCACUCAAUAUUCUACCGAUAUGACAAAAUACCAAGCGGCUACUUGUUUGAACGAGGCUCGAAACUUCCUGGCUGGUCGACAGGUUUACGUCCAGCAGAUAGCGAACUACCAGAAGUUGUUGGAAAACGAAGUGUCGUACAGUGCUGGGCGAUACGAUUUCUGUCUGGUGAACUCGCUGCGACAAGGUCAAACCAUGCUCAACUAUCUGCGGGGAACAUUUGGACGAUGCAUUGGUAGCGCCCCUGCCGUCACUCCGUACAAGUUUAGAAUAGGCGGCAAGGUCACUAUCAGAUUCGGCUAACAACCAACGAUCUAGUUAUCCAUUUUUUUAUAUGGCUACGACCAAUGAAUAGAGUAAAAUAGCAACCCA